AUGGCCCUCCAGUCAAGGCGUCCCCAAAGAAGAAGGGUCAAUCGAGCAUGUAACACCUGUCGAAAAUCGAGGAUUCGUUGCGAUGGCAUUCGUCCACGUUGUGGCACCUGUCAUCGUCGACGGGAGGAAUGCAGUUACAAUGAUGGGCCUCCCGGCAGUCGGACGAUACCACAAUCGAAGCCUAGUCAUGGUGCAGUUCCAGCACCGUUCAAUAGCUUUUCUACAAACCUAGAGGUAUCCGGCAAUCUUGGGCCAGUCCCUAUUGGUGAUGAGGAUGAUGUUGGUGUGACUGCCAUGGGUCUAGUCUCAAAGUCUCCUAAGGGGGAUUAUGCGACGGGCAAAGAACACUUCGGCGAGUCUUCGGCCAUUGCUUUUAUACAACAGCUUCAAGAUACUUUGAGGAUAGACUCCACGGUAUCUAGUCCCAAUGCUGGACAGACUCGUUCACAGCGCCUUGGCCACCAGGAAGGCCCCCUGCAUGAAACUGGCAUUAGCUCACUACCGCCACGUCCCUUGGCUGAUCAUCUUGUUUCCUGUUAUUUCUCUAGGAUCCAUUCCCUCUACCCUUUUGUUCAUGAACCUGCAUUUAGGGAUGCGUACCAGUCAUUAUGGGAACCAGGUCAACCAGGAUCAACUAAGAUUAAGGCUCGUGGACUUGGUCUAGGUUCUCUGGAUGUGAGCUCGACUACGUUUUACUUUGCAUUGAAUGCUGUUUUUGCUCUCGGUUGCCAGUUUUCCGAUGUUGUACAAGUUGAUCGAGAAGUGACUUCCGAGGCCUUUUUCAAACUGUGCAAGCCAGCACUGGAUCUCAACUAUCUGGAAAAUGGCGACCUUGCCUUGUGUCAAACGCUUUUGCUGAUGGCACAUUACCUACAAAGCUCCUCUACCAAACCGCUGUUGGCAUGUAAUAGGAAUGGCUUGUCGUGA